UUGGAGAAAACUUAGUUCCAAAAAACAUGUAUGUGAAAUUGGAUAUUGCAGGGUUCACUCUGGAAAGGUGAAGCUGUGAUUAAGUACAAAAGGUGCAGUUAAGAGACAGGUACCUUAAGCAUGUCCUCUGUAUAUAGCUGCAGUAUCUUAUGACUUGAUCUAAUAUACCCAUUACAAUUACAAUACUUACGUUCAUCUCACUUCAAAUAUUCACGCAUGCUUGGUGUGCCAUUCUUUCUGGGUCAGAAGGAGGAGCUCUAAAGCUGUUGCUAAAAUGCUAAAUACUAAUUCCCCGAAAUACUAGGGGAAUUAGCUGGUGGAUUUAUCCCUGUUUGGCUCUGCACUGCUCUUCCAUGCCUGACCGACUGAUUAGUCACCCACUGAAUGUUGGUAUUGUGACAUCUUACAUCUUCUACUCUUGUUGGUAAUGUAAAUCUAGAGAAAAUUGAGAUCUUCAGCUGUUUUCUGGUGCGUCCCAAAAAUACUCCUGUCAGGCUGCUUAUGAUCAGUGAUAUUGUUCAAGACCCUUAGCAGCUACUUGGGUAUGCAGCAGCGCUUUGCUGGACCUUUUUCCUUUCUGUUUUUGCUACUGAAUUUGUAGCAAAUUUACACACCCCCUCCAGUGUUUUUCUGUUCAUAUGUCCACAUGCUUACUUGAAGGGACAUCACUGAACUCAACAGUACUUGACUCAUUUUCCUAAAGACAACUGGGACUGGUGCAACCACCUCCAAGGCUGAUUAGAGCUACGUUGCUGUGUUUCUACUUAAUGUACCACAAAUGUAGCUUUUGAAUAGUUUAACGGCAUAAGGCAGUUGAGGUUGAACUAAAAAUAUGCAACAAAGAUGAGCAAUACUAAGACAAAGGAAGGUAGGUAUACCACACUAUACUUUCAUUUAGCCUGUGAAGCUAGAUUUGGAUGUUCAUGACAUAUUCUGACCACUUCAGCUGUACCAAAUUCUCCAGCCCUGCCCCAGUCUCGGUGCCUCCAGCACUGGGUCCCAUACUAAGAGCUGCAAGUCUCCUAUGCUUCCCCAGCAUCUGAUCCCCUCUGGCUAAGACAGUUGUUUAUAUUGGUUAUGCUAAGGUGUAGGCCUGGAGGUUUGAGGACUUCCACAGAAGUCAUAAUCUGAGAAUUACACAGUUCUAAAUUAAUUAUGUAAAAGCAAUUCUAACCGCUUUCAGUGUGAACUGAGAAUGUAACGAUUCAUUUUCUGACAUAGCUAAACGCAUGCCCUUAAAGAAUUUGUACAGUUUACGUCUUGCCAUUUUUUAUCACUAUUUGAACUGUUGUGAACAUAUGAUAAUGUUCUACAAUAACAUUGCUCAACAGUGUAACUUUUUUCCAAUUAGGAGUGAUUUGCGAGUUUUCAGGGACUUCCAAGGAUCUGCUGUUGCAGUUUGAAAAAUAGAGGAUUACAGAACUCAUGUUGUACCUUCACCCAAUCAUCCAAUUGUAAUCCAGAUUUGGUUGUUUGCAUUUUUUUGUUGUCUCUGGUUUUGCUACUGAGGAAAACAUCAGUAAAGCACAUUUACAGUCAUGUAGGGCAGGAACCCUUUUGCUUACUGCAGGGUGCUCCAGGACCCCUUAGGGGCACCAAAAGUAGAUGUGAGCACAUGCUGAUCCAACAGCAUCACAUUGGGUGAUGUCAUUGCACAGAGGAGCUACAAGAUCUUCCAUGUCUGUUCCCUUUAUACUAUAUUUUAUCCUUUUUGUGCUUGGAACAAGGGAAAUUAUCAUUCAAAUAUCAGACUUUACAUUAUGCGGUAAGGUGUCUUUGUACAUUUUACACUUUUUAUUUGGACUGGGGUUUUUGUUUUCUUUUGGUUUUUAUUUGCUUAUUUCGAGCACUGCAUUGGUUAGCUAGGCUUUUAAAUUUAUCAAGGAAGGUCAUGAAAUUAUAUGUAGUAUUUUGCAAAUCAUUUAUUGUCAGAAAAUAUGCAUUAGCAGGUUUCUCGCUCUGUCGAAGAAAUUCUUGUGCUGUGAGAGUAUCCAGCCAGUCCUGGUCACACUCUCAGAGGGUCUUAGCAUCUGCAUUGGUAUGAGACAGAAAUGAAUUACAGAGCAAUAGGCAUGACAUUUGCUGCAGGCAAACGUGUAGAAACUGCACUAAACCCCAAACUUAGCAGCUGUAUGGGUAAAGGUGGCAUUUUAUGAUUGCAUCAACGUGUCUUCUCUAAGGGAAGGUCAGCUGCCAUCGAGCACAGGGACAAGGGGGAACUCCAUCAUAAAAUGAGGGACAGCUGAUUUUGGGAAAGUCACUCAGUGAAGUAUCCGGUGUAAGAGGGAGUAUUCCCAAAGGGAUGAGUAAAGUAAUCAGUCAAAAGGGUGCAUGUUCAAAGGAGUGUUCUGAACGGAAGUCUUGGGUUGGGAGGAGGCAGGUCUGUGAAACUCUCAGUUCAGUUCUCGUGGCAGCCACCCAAGCAGCGUGAGCACUGGGAGUUUUUAACAAAGGUGUAGAAAACAGCAGAACAGUUUCCUGACACAGUAUGAAGCUUAAAGUGUAGCCAGGAGGGGUUUCCUUUUCCCUUUUCCCCCCUCCCUGUUUUUCCUGAUUCAUUCCUAGCUAGAUGGGUUCUUCACAGCACAGCGCAUGACCCCUCAGCUGCAUGACCCUUCUUUGCACCAAUGUGUUAGCUGUAUGCAUGGUGUCACGUGCUCCCUGAUCUGCAUGAUAUCUGCGUGGUAUCUCCAUGUGUUCAGACUCCAUCUUUCACCUUCCGUUUUCACAAAGAGGAAGUGCCGGACUCCAGAGUUACAGGCGCUCUCAGAGACCUCUUCAAAAUCUUGUCCAGCUGAGCAGUGACUUCUGUGGUGUGUUGAAGUCGGGAAAGAUCAUGACAGUUGUCUUGGGAGAGCAGGCUCUGACAGGAGUGAGAAUGCUCAGGAUGUCCAACAGCCUGCCAGAACUGACCAGGUUGGUGCUGCGCCAAAGGUUCAAGGCUCUGUUUACCCUCACCAUUUCAUUUUUUGUAUUCUUUGCCACUUUCAUGUACUGGAGAACUGGGGAGAAUGCUGUGGGGCAGCUCUACAGGUUGCCUAUGCUAAGCAGGGAUGCUCAGUUUUUGCCUUGCCUUCUCCACCCUAGCACCGCUGAGCCCCGUAAUUCCCCAGGGGAUGUGUUUUUUGUGGAGACUUCAGAGCAAACAAACCCAAGUUACCUGUUUACGUGCUCUGUGGAGUCAGCGGCCCGGGCGCACCCUGGAACAAGGGUUGUGGUGCUCAUGAAAGGUUUGGCAAAUGGUAAUGGCUCAUUACCCAACCACUGGGGCUUCUCGUUGCUGAGCUGCUUCCCCAACGUGGAAAUCCGGCCGCUGGACUUGCCGGAGCUUUUCUCAGGGACGCCUCUGGCAAAGUGGUACUUGCAGCCUGACCAUCAGAAGGAACCUUAUUACUUGCCCGUCCUGUCUGAUGCCUGCAGAAUUGCCAUCAUGUGGAAGUUUGGUGGCAUCUACCUGGACACAGACUUCAUUGUGCUUAAGAACUUCAAGAACCUCACCAAUACCCUUGGUUUGCAGGCUCAGGGUGUCCUGAAUGGGGCCUUUCUGUCCUUUAAGCCCAAACACAAGUUCAUGGAGCUUUGCAUGCAGGACUUUGUGGAGAACUACAGCGGCUGGAUCUGGGGGCACAUGGGCCCGUGGCUGCUGACACGUGUUUUCAAGAAAUGGUGCUCCAUCAGUAAUAUCCAGAACAACAUGAGCUGCAAAGGGGUGCGUGCUCUUUCCCCAGAAGGCUUUUAUCCUAUUCGGUGGGAGGACUGGAAGAAGUUAUUUGAUACAAUCAGCUCCUCGGAGCUUCACAGGCUCCUUCACAACACCUACGCAGUGCAUGUGUGGAACAAACUGAGCCAUGGUACAAGGCUAGAGAUCACGUCCCAGGGUCUGAUGGCUCAGCUGUAUUCCCAGUUCUGCCCUGCUACAAGCAUGAAGAUGAAGAAGGACUCUGAAGAGCAGUCAUGGCCUCUAACGUGACCUGUGGGCCCUUGGCUGCAGGGAGGUUCCCCAGCCUGAAGAAAACUGAGUGCCUUUCACCUUCCGCAGAGCACGUAUUUCAUGUGACACCUCAGUGAUUUUGUACCAUUUCCAAUAUUGCCUCAUAUCCUACGUCAUGCUUCAAAUAUACCCCACACCAGAGCAGCUGGAUGCCCAAAGAUGACUGUGACCCCCUGGGAAGCCUGGGCUGGAGCAGGCUCCUGGCAGGACCCGUGGCCCUGUGGAGAGAGGAGCCCACUCUGGAGCAGGUUUGCUGGCAGGACCUGUGACCCCACAGAGGACCUAUGCUGGAGCAGUUUGUGAAGAACUGCAGCCUGUGGGAAGGACCCACAUUGGAGAAAUUUGUGGAGGACUGUCUUCUGUGGAACAGACCAUAGGUAGGGGAAGAGUGUGAGAAGUCCUCCCCCAAGGAGGAAGGCAUGGCAGAGACAAUGUGUGGUGAACUGACCGCAACCCCCAUUCCCCGUCCCGCUGUGCUGCUGGGGGAGAGGAAGUAGAGAAAUUGGGAGUGAAGUUGAGCCCGGGAAGAAGGGAGGGGUGGGGGGAAGGUGUUUUAAGACUUGGUUUCAUUUCUCAUUACCCUGCUCUAAUUUGAUUGUUAAUAAAUUAAGCUAAUUACCCUAA